CCCAGUUCCCUCCCAGCGCUCCCAGUAAGAGCGGCACCGGCAGGGAGAGCGCUCCCAGUUGCCUCCCAGUGCUCCCAGUUCCCUCCCAGUGCUCCCAGUUACGCUCCCAGUUCCCUCCCAGCGCUCUCAGUAUCGCUCCCAUUGAAGACGGAGAGAAGGAGGAGCGAGAGGAAGAGGAGGGACGCAGGAGGAAGGAAAGGAGGAGGAGAAAUAGGAGGAGGAGGAGGAAGAGGAGGGACAGAGGAAGAGGAGGAACGGGAGGAAGAGCAGCAGCAUCGCCGCCCGGACCCUGCCGAGGCUCCUCGGCCCCGCGGAGGAGGAGGAGGAGGAGGCCGGGAGGAAGAGGAGCCCGGCCCAGGCAGGAGCUGAGCAUGGAGAGCAGCGAGGAGCCGGAGGCAGAGGCCGUUUGGAGCGGCUCCACGGCUCGGCAGGGAGAAGCCAACGGGGAGGAGAAGCCGCGGAGAUCCCUGAGCAGGAGGGGCUGCAAAGGCAGAGCGCGGGGAUCCGAGGGGGAAAGAGCCAGCCUGGGCCAUGGAGGGGCUCAGAGAUCCGAGCUGGGGCCCCGUGAGCAGCUCCAGGGAGGGGAGGAGAAGCCCCACAAGUGCUCCGGGUGUGGGAAGAGCUUCAAGAGGAGAUUGAACUUUAUCAAGCAUUGCAGAAUCCACACCGGAGAACAACUGGGAUCUGAGGAGGAAAAACCCAGCCUGGAGCAGGGUCAGAGCUCAGAGCUGGGGCUCCAUGAGCAGCUCCAGGAUGAGAUGGAGAAGCCCCACAAGUGCUCCGAGUGUGGGAAGAGCUUCAGGUGGAGCUCGUCCCUGAGCAAGCAUCGCAGAAUCCACAAGGGGCAGCAGGUGGGGUCUGAGGGGGACAAACCCACCCUGGACCAGGGUCAGGGAUCAGAGCUGGGGCUCCAUGAGCAGCUCCAGGAGAAGCCCCACACGUGCUGCGAGUGUGGGAAGAGCUUCAGGUUGAGAUCCUGCCUGAUUAUCCACCAGAGGAUCCACACGGGUGGACAGCUGAGAUCUGAAGGAGAAAAACCCAACUUGGACCAUGGUGGUGGUCAGAGAUCAGAGCUGGAGGUCCAUGAGCAGCUCCAGGAUGAGGAGAAACCUCCCAAGUUCUUGGAAUGGGAGAAGAGCUUCAUGCUGAGCUCCCACCUGAUUGAACACCUGAAGAACCAGACGGAGCAACAGCUGAGAUUCGAGGGAGAAAAACCCAACCUGGGUUAUGGAGGUGCUCAGAUAUCAGAGGUGGAGGUCCAUGAGCAGCUCCAAGAUGAGGAGAAGCCCCACAGGUGCUCGGAAUGUGGGGAGAUCUUCACGCUGAGUUCCCACCUGAUGGAACACCUGAAGAACCACACAGAGCAGCAGGUGAGAUCCGAGGGGGACAAACCCAGCCUGGACCAGGGAGGUGAGCAGAGCUUGGAGCUGGGGCUCCAUGAGCAGCUCCAGGGUGGGGAGGAGAAGCCCCACAGGUGCUCGGAGUGUGGGAAGAUCUUCAGGUGGAGAGCCAACCUGGUCCGCCACCUCAGAAUCCACACGGGAGAACGUCCCUACCAGUGUGGGGUGUGUGGGAAGAGCUUCAGCCAGAAUUCCAACCUGACUGUCCACCUCAAAAUCCACACGGGGCAACAGGUGGGGUCCGGGGGGGACAAACCCACCCUGGAGCAGGGUCAGAGCUCAGAGCCGGGGCUCCACGAGGAGCUCCAGAAUGGGGAGAAGAAGUCCCACAAGUGCUCCGAGUGUGGGAAGAUCUUCAGGUGGAGGUCCAACCUGAUCCGCCACCGCAGGAUGCACACUGGGGAGAGGCCCUACGUGUGUGGGCACUGCGGGAAGGGCUUCACCCAGAAAGCCCACGUGAUGGAGCACCAGAAGAUCCACGUGGGGCCACAGCUGGGCGGAAAACCAACCCUGGGUCGUGAAGGGGCUCAGGGAUCAGAGCUUGGGGUCCACGAGCAGCUCCAGGUUGGGGAGGAGAAGCCCCACAAGUGCUCCGAGUGUGGGAAGAGCUUCAGGUGGAGAUCCAAAAUGAUGAGGCAUUUCAGAACCCACACGGGGGGACAGCUGAGAUCUGAGGGGGAAAAACCCACCCUGGGUGAGGGAUCGGAGCUGGGGGUCCAAGAGCAGCUCCAGGAUGGGGAGGAGAAGCCCCACAAGUGCUCGGAGUGUGGGAAGAGCUUCUGGAAGAGCUCCAACCUGACCCGCCACCUCAGAAUCCACACGGGAGAGCGGCCCUACGUGUGUGGGGUGUGUGGGAAGAGCUUCACCCAGAAAACCCACCUGAGUGACCACCAGAAGGUCCACACUGGGCAACAGCUGGGCGGAAAUCCAACCCCGGCUCAUGAAGGGGGUCAGAUAGUGAUGGUGGUGGUCCAAGAGCAGCUCCAAGAUGGGGAGAAGAAGCCCCACAAGUGCUCGGAGUGCGGGAAGAGCUUCAGGAAGAGAGCCAACCUGAUGGAGCACAGCAGGGUCCACACCGGGGAGAAGCCCUACAAGUGUGGGGAGUGUGGGGAGAGCUUCAGCUGGAGCUCGCAGCUCAUCCGCCACCAGAGGGUGACCCACACCGGCGAGAGACCUUACCCGUGCCAGUUCUGCGCCAAGAGCUUCACCUGCAAGUCCCACCUGACCAGCCACCUGAGGACCCACACCGGGGAGAAGCCCUACGAGUGCGACCAGUGCCAGAAGAAGUUCCAGAGCAGCUCCUCGCUCGUCGUCCACCAGCGCUCGCACACGGGCGAGCGGCCGUUCCGGUGCCCCGAGUGCGGCGUGGGCUUCAAGGAGAACUCGGCCCUCGUCCGGCACCGCCGCACCCACACCGGGGAGAGGCCCUACGGGUGCGAGCAGUGCCAGAGCUCCUUCCCGACCCGCUCGCUGCUGGCGGAGCACCAGCGCAUCCACACCGGGGAGAAACCGUUCCGCUGCGACGACUGCGGCAAGGGCUUCAGGCAAAAGUCCAGCCUGGUCAAGCACCGGAGGAUCCACACCGGGGAGAGGCCGUACGUGUGCGGGCAGUGCGGGAAGAGCUUCACGCAGAGCUCCAACCUGUUUGCGCACCAGAGGAGCCACGCGGAGCGGCCCUACGAGUGCGAGUACUGCUGGAGGAGCUUCUCGCAGAGCUCCAGCCUGAUCAUCCACCAGAAGUGCCACACGCAGGUGAGGCCCUACGAGUGCAGGAAGUGCGGGAAGAGCUUCACCACCAAGUCCUGCCUCCUCACCCACCGCAUGAUCCACACCGGGGAACGGCCCUACGAGUGUGGGGAGUGCGGGAAGGGCUUCAUGUCCAAGUCCCACCUGGUUUACCACCAGAGGAUGCACAGCGGGGAGAAACCCUACGAGUGUGAGCAGUGCAAGAAGAGGUUCCUGACCAGCUCGCACCUCCUCAGCCACAAGCUGACGCACACCGGGGAGAGGCCGUUCCGCUGUUACGCUUGCGGGAGGGGAUUCAGGCAAAGGUCCAAGCUGGUCACGCACCGGUGCAGCCGCAGCAGGAAGACGCCGUUCCAGUGUCCCCAGUGUGGGAAGAGCUUCAGCACGAACGCCCACAUGACCAGACACCUGCAGACCCAGCACUGCUGCCCCGGCCCCGCCGGCAUCGCCGCCCGGAGCCCGCAGGAGCUGAGCAUGGAGAGCAGCGAGGAGCCGGAGGCAGAGGCCGUUUGGAGCGGCUCCACGGCUCGGCAGGGAGAAGCCAACGGGGAGGAGAAGCCGCGGAGAUCCCUGAGCAGGAGGGGCUGCAAAGGCAGAGCGCGGGGAUCCGAGGGGGAAAGAGCCAGCCUGGGCCAUGGAGGGGCUCAGAGAUCCGAGCUGGGGCCCCGUGAGCAGCUCCAGGGAGGGGAGGAGAAGCCCCACAAGUGCUGGGAAUGUGGGAGGAGCUUCAGGUGUAGGUCCAAACUGACUGUGCACCUGAGGAGUCACACGGGGGAACGGCCGUAUGUGUGUGACCAGUGCCAGAAGAGGUUUAUGAGCAGUGGUGAUCUCGUGGUGCACCAGCGCUCACACACGGACGAGAGGCCCUUCCAGUGCCCCGACUGCGGGAAGGGCUUCAAAACCGUCUCUAACCUCAAGCGGCACUGGCGCAUCCACAUCGGGGAGAGGCCCUACGAGUGUGAUCAGUGCAAUAAGAGGUUCCUGAGCAGCUCCCAUCUCCUCCGUCACCAGCUCAUUCACACUGAGGAGAGGCCGUUCCACUGCCGUGACUGCGGGCAGGGCUUUAAACAGAACUCUGCCCUGAUCACCCACCGGCGCAUCCACACCGGGGAGAGACCCCACGAGUGUCCCCAGUGUGGGAAGGGAUUCACAGACAGCUCCCAUCUGACUGUCCACCUGAGGAGCCACACGGGGGAGAGGCCCUAUGAGUGUGAGCAGUGCAAUAAGAGGUUUUGCACCUCGUCUGAUCUCCUCAAGCACCAGCGCAUCCACACGGAUGAGAGGCCCUUCCGCUGUCCCGAAUGUGGGAAGGACCACACGGGGGAGCGACCGUACCAAGUGUACCAGUGCCAGAAGAGGUUUAGGAGCCGCUCUGAACUCGUGGGGCACCAGCGCUCACACACGGACGAGAGGCCCUUCCAGUGCCCGACUGUCGGGAAGGCUUCAAAAGACGUCAUCCACCCUAACAGGACCCUCUCCCGGAGCCACACAGGGGAACGACCCUACGAGUGUGACCAGUGCAAGAAGAGGUUUAGGAGCAGCUCUGAUCUCCUGGUGCACCAGCGCUCACACACGGACGAGAGGCCCUUCCAGUGCCCCGACUGGGGGGGGCCAAAAAAGUUGCCAGAAGGGCUUUUUACACCUCGUCUGAUCUCCCCCAACACCAGCGCAUCCACACGGAGAGAAACCUUUCCGUGUCCCGAUUGUGGGGUGGGAUUCAAACACAAGUCCGCCCUGAUCACCCACCGGCGCAUCCACACUGGGGAGGGACCCCACGAGUGUCCCCAGUGUGGGAAGGGCUUCAGAGCAAGGUCCUACCUGACUGCCCACCUGAGGAGCCACACCGGGGAGAGGCCCUAUGAGUGUGAUCAGUGCCAGAAGAGGUUCCUGAGGAGCUCCCAUCUCCUCCAGCACCAGCUCAUUCACACCGAGGAGAGGCCGUUCCACUGCCGUGACUGUGGGCAGAGCUUCAGGCGCAAGGAGGCUCUGAUCACCCACCGGCGCAUCCACACUGGGGAGAGACCCCACGAGUGUCCCCAGUGUGGGAAGAGCUUCAGGGCGAGCUCCAGCCUGACUGCCCACCUGAGGAGCCACACCGGGGAGAGGCCCUAUGAGUGUGGGGAGUGCGGGAAGAGCUACACGUCCAAGUCCCACCUGAUUUACCACCAGAGGAGCCACACAGGGGAACGACCCUACGAGUGUGAUCAGUGCCAGAAGAGGUUUAUGAGCAGUGGUGAUCUCGUGGUGCACCAGCGCUCACACACGGACGAGAGGCCCUUCCAGUGCCCCGACUGCGGGAUGGCCUUCAAAAGCGUCUCAAACCUCAACACACACCGACGCAUCCACACCGGGGAGAGGCCGUACGAGUGUGGUCAGUGCAGGAAACGGUUUCGGAGCAGCUCCGAUCUCCUCAGUCACCAGCUCAUUCACAGCGAGGAGAGGCCGUUCCACUGCCGUGAGUGCGGGAAGGGCUUCAGGCACAACUCUGCCCUCAACAAGCACCGGCGCAUCCACACCGGGGAGAGACCCUACAAGUGUCCCCAGUGUGGGAAGGGCUUCAUAGACAGCUCCAGCCUGACUGUCCACCUCAGAAGCCACACUGGGGAGAGGCCCUACAAGUGUGAUCAGUGCCAGAAGGGCUUUUACACCUCGUCUGAACUCCUCCUUCACCAGCGCAUCCACACGGACGAGAGGCCCUUCCGCUGUCCCGAUUGUGGGGUGGGAUUCAGGCACAACUCUGCCCUCAUCGUCCACCGGCGCAUCCACACUGGGGAGAGACCCUACCAGUGUCCCCAGUGUGGGAAGAGCUUCACCACGAGUGGCACCAUGACCAGACACCAGAAGAGCCAGCACUGAGGGCAGCCCUGGGUGGGAAGAGCUCCGUGCGCUGCUCCAGCUCCAUCUCACACGGGAGGGUCUGCCCUGGAUGGUCCCCAGUGAACCCAGGUAGGAGGAACCCUCUUGAUCCUUGUUUGGAGGACACCUGGCUGGGGGCUCCACAUCCUCCUGGCUCCCCGUGGUCACCUGAAUUUAUCUGCAGUCGAAGAUCAGAAAUCCAUUGUGGAGAGCACAUUUGUCAACGUUCUGAUAUCAAAAGUUUUUAUCUGUUAUUUUUUCUGUCAUUUUUUACAACCUGUGGUGGCCUUCAGCAACACUAGAUAGGCUUGGAUGUCUUCUCCACCGUGGGAGGAUCUGCCCUGGAUGGUCCCCAGUGAGCCCAGGGGGGCAGUAUUAAAGACGUUGAACUGAAACAAGGGUGGGCAUGAGGGGGAUGCUGGGUGCAUGGAGUUGAAGGUGCCUGGGACAGAUUUGGGGGCUCCUCAGGGCUUUGGGCACCCCAGGCCCAGCAGCUCCAUCUGGGGCAGCAGAUCAAGGACCCCCUGCCCUGGCAGUGUCCCCACGUGCUCCCGUCCUGGUUCCUGCUGUCCCCUGUCCAGGAUCCUGCUCUCAUCCGAGUCCAGAUCCCAUUCCUGGUUUAAUACUUGUCCCUGUCCCAUAUUCUCUAUCAGGUUGCCAUUCCCGUAUUCCCUGUCCUGUUCCCCUUUUCCUA